AUGGCGAACGCGUGCUUGACCGCUGCCGUUUUUCUGCAGGUGACGAACUUGCCCUUGAUUCUCACGUCGUUUUCAUCGGCACCCACCGCGACAGGAUUUGGCAUAGGAUUGAUGUUGGCCUUAGCUGGCUUGACCACCACCUCCGCAGAAGGAGCCAUUGAUGAGCAGCGCCAGGUCAUGUCGGCGAAAUCCACGAUGGUGGCGACCUCCUGCGCGAAUCGGGCGGUGCGCGUCUCGAAAGGUCUCGUGGACUCCUAUGCAGCUAUUCACUUUGCUGCCGUUCGAAAGGGCGCAUCGUCUUCCACCCUCCAUGCCAUCCUCACCUUCCUUGGCGUGGCUGCGGACGGUGUACGGAGGAUUCGCCGACCUGGAAUCCAGACGGAAAAGGUUGGCGCGCCAUCCCUGCUGAAAUGGCUGCUCCCAUCAAAGAGAACAUGGAACGUACUCAGAAGCAGAUCCUGCCCCUGGCAGUCUGCAUCAUGGCGGCCGCUCACUCCUGGGCCUUCAUGCAGUAACCCUAAACCCUAA